GCUGCGGGAAGUUCGUUUGUGCCGCCGCCAUGGACCAGCCGACCUGUGUUUUUGCCACUGUUUUACCGGCUCCAGACCCCGACCUGAAGGAGAAGCGCCUGGUGACCGACCGGCGGACUCCUCACGUCGCUCCCCGGGCCAGAGAGCUCCAGGUGACGGGCACCGCGGAGCUCCGGUCCCCGGCGGACCGAGCCUCUGUGCGGGUCUGUGUGAGCAGCAGCAAAGAGUCUGUAAACGAGGCGACCGACAGCGUCUCACGGAGGAUUGAUUAUAUUUUACAAUGUGUCAGGACACAUGGAAUUAAUAAUGAAGACGUAUUGGUGCGCAAGUUCCUCCACAGAGAAGAGGACCAGUAUCAUAUGAACGCAGAGGUGACAGUGACGUUCUCUGACUUCACAAAGAUGGAGCUGGUUUGUAGACUGCUGCUGGAGAAACUGGAUAAGAGCGUCAUAGUUGGAUUACCUCAAUACUUCUACAGCCCAGAAUGCCUCAACCAUCUCAGGAGACGUGUUUGUGCCUCUGCGGUGGAGAACGCUAAACAGAAGGCCAGUGACAUGGGUCAGAUCUUGGGACAGACGCUUGGAUCUCCUCUUCUGAUCGUGGAAGAAGAGAUGAGAGAAGUCCACAACGAAAACAACGCAAGUGAACAUGGAUCUUUAACACCUCUCCCCUCGAUUCCCUCUAGCACUGCUUUUUCACGUGUGUCCAUCACUUUCAACAUCAGAGACAGAACUGGAAAGACACUCUAGGCCUGUCACCAUAACAAAAUGAAACACCGUAUAUUACUAGAGAUAUAAAAGAUAAUAUUGAAACUAGGGCCCGACUGAUAUGGAUUGUGCUGUGGCUGAUAUGAUACUGAUCAAAUGGGAGUUGGAGCUGCCGAUAUAAUCACCGAUAUAUUUAGUGAUGUAAAAAUUCACUGUAAAUCUUGAAUUGUUUAAAAAACUUAGGUUUGGCUCUAGUGGAUUUUAAAUUGGGUUUAUUUAGUCUACAUUUAUUGUUAUUCUGACUCUUUGUGUCAUAUUUACAGACAGUAAUAAUUAUAUGCGUAAAUGUGGAUCAUUCACACCUCUAUUCACAGCUCAUUUACAUAUUAAUGCUGGUUCAGUAACAAAUAUAUGACCAGUAUAGUCACUUUACAAUAGACCAACAGAAAACAGUCUGUGUAUGUGUGGGACCUACAGCAGAUAAUCACUAAUCAAUAACAAAUAACCAAAACUAGCUUCAAAGUCGACGUAUUUCCAACACUCACUGCUCACACAGACUCCUCCUCACAUCACAAGUCUGCACUAAUAAAUGUCCUUUUAAUCCAAACUCAAACCGAUUGUCUGUAAAAAGAAUAUAAUCUAAGUGUUUGGAUCUGUGCCUGUAGGUGUAAACAAGAGCACGUGAGUGACGUGGCGUGAUGUCAGUGAAAGUGUGUUCAGGGACAGUACGGACACACACAGACGAAAUGACUCCACAUGUAGAGCCACAUAUUAGAACAUUUAUCUGUCUGUAAAUUGGAUUAAAUGAACAUAAUGUAGAGAGUCUAAGCUUUAUAACGACGUAUAAUAUGCCCACGUGAAAUAUCGGCAAGAUUUUCGGCAAGAUCGCUAACCGAUAUAUCGGUUGGGCCCUAAUUGAAAGAGCUUUAUACCACUGACACAAUAAAAAGUAAACCAGGAUAA